CAAGAUCUACUAUUAUAACUAUAGGCAUAGGCCUAGGCGGCUCUAUUGAUGCACUGAACAUUAACUACUGAUUCCGUCCAUCAUUUUUUCAGGCUCUGGACAUAAUAGAUAAUUUCACGGUAAGGUGCGCCAUCUUGCCCAGGGGUAUUGAGGGUUACACCCGUGCAUCUCUGUUUACAUCCGGUUUUCGGCUAAUUGGCCCUAGGGAUAGUCGAUUACUGAGAUUUUGUGAUCGAUACUGAAACCGAUACUCGAACGAGCGUAUUAGAUUUAGACCUAAUACACAAUAGGCCGGUACAGUAGGCCUCUGCUCUAUGUAACUGAAUUUGUUAAGAAACAAAAACAUCUCCAAUUAAGAAAGUUUGGUUCGUCUUCCUCGUAAAUAGAAAUAAUAUGAAAUGCUAACAAGUUGUAUUCACAGGUGUUUUCGAGUACAAGGGUAUCGACUUUGCUCAUAAUGUACGAUCUUUGACUGUGUGACUACUAAGUCAAGUGACUAGCCCUAGGCCUCAUGUGUUUAUGUUUUGUUAGCCUAUCCAGUCUUCGUUCCGAGCUCUAGAGAUCUAAUUUUUGAUAAUUUAAAUCUUGCUGACAGUUUUUGAAUAAAGAUCUAACAUGGAAGAUUCUGGUGAUGAUGAUGGAACAAACCAGUUCACUCAAAUGACAAAAACACAACUGGUGGAUUAUCUUGGAGCAAGAGGACUGAGCACCACAGGAACAAAACUUGCUCUCAUAGGUCGGGCCUUUGUGGCGUGGGAAACUGGCGUGACGGUAAAGUCUUCAACAGAAACGUUUCAAAAUCAGUUGAAAGAAGACUACAAGACAACCCUCAAGAAAUUUAGUAUUCCAGACCCAGUUUCAUUGCCUCCUGAUAGUUGGUCUGAAAAAGUUACGAAAUGGCCACCGGUGGACAUGGGAAAAAUCUUCAUGUACCUUCUUAGUACAAGUGAGUACAACAGAGACUAUAUAGGGAAGUACAAGACACAAAAGGCCUAUUCCUAUUUUGCCAGUAAGUUUGUUGGUACCAUUCUGUGGGCACAAGUGCCAGAUGACUGCGACAGAUGUUUCCUGACAUCGGAGGUAACACCGUCACAAAGCGUCAGAGGUGACACCCACAAACAGUGGAUCUUGUUGCGAAACACAGGAGAAAUCCUGACGUCGAUGUGCAGCUGCACUGCUGGCAUGUGCAGUACAUGCAACCACGUUAUUGCUGUGCUGUACAAAGUGGAGUUCGCUAUCAGUAACCAUCUGAACUCUGAAUCCUGCACAGAGACAAGCUGUGCGUGGAAUAAAUGUACUAAGAAAACUGUUGAGCCGAAAAGAGUCGAGGAAAUGGAACUCCGUUCUGACAGUGCCCCAAAGUACUCCUCUUCAGACACUGCAUCGGAAUCUCGGAAACGUAGACUGACGUUCGAUCCACGUCGAGACGGUGAGAACAAAAAGAACCCUGAAGGAAGUUCUCAAUUUCAGACAAAAAGUUUAGAGCCGAUAUCGAUGCCUCCAACCAUGCUCCAAGCAGCGGAACAAUGCAUCGCCAAGAACAGCGGUUUGGAUGACAAGGGAUUGUCAGAGAAAUUUGGUGAGUCUCUUGUGUACACUAGAGACCAGUGUAAGUUGUUAGAAGAGACAACAAGACAACAGGGAUCAUCAACAACUUGGCACAAUCACAGGAAGGGGAGGAUUACUGGAAGCAACAUUAAGCGGGUUGUGAGGAAAAUUGAAGAGCUCAACAGAAAAGUUAAUGCCGCAACCACCUCUCUGACACAUCAUCUUCUGUCAGGCGGGCCAGACUUGUCCCACAUACCUGCCAUUAAGUGGGGCAGAGACAGUGAAGAAAGUGGCCUUCAGGAAUUUGAAGCUAGUAUGCAUUCUAAUCAUCUGAACGUCACCCUGAGAAGAGCUGGGCUCUACGUGAAGAGUACGCAUCCGUAUAUUGGUGCCAGCCCUGAUGCCGUCCUGCACUGUGACUGUCAUGGUCUUAGUACUGUGGAAUUGAAGUGUCCUUUCAAGUUGAAGGGAAAAAACAUUGUAGACAACUAUGCCCAGACGGAUUUUUUAUGCAAAGGUGAAAACGGGGAUCUGGAACUGAAACGUGACCAUGCGUAUUACUACCAGGUUCAGACACAGCUUGCCGUCACUGGGUUUACAGCAGGAUUCUUUUGUGUGUCUUCUUUGGAUGGCAAGCCAUUUAUCAUACAAGUGUUAAGGGAUGACAAGCUGUGGGAAGACAUUCAGCAAAAACUAGUUGUGUUUUUUAAAGGGUAUAUUAGCAAGCACCUACUAGGCCUGAAAGAAUUUUUAUUCUGUCCAACUUGUGACAACCUGAUUUUGGAACCAAGAGAAUGUCAACAGGAGGGCGACAACAGUGUGUGUUGUGAUUCUUGUAACCUGUGGCACCACUGGACCUGUCAGGACUAUUCAAAAGACAAAGACACGUUCCUCUGCUCAUUCUGCACAGGGGACAACAUGGAAUAACAUCAUGCAGCAUACAACAUUGACUGUACAUACCAUCUCAACAGCGACAAAGUAAGUUUAUU